UUUGUUAUGUUGUCAGUUUCCGCUUACUUAACGAAGAACGAAGAAACCGAGAAAGCUCUGUCACUAAAGACCUGAUUACUAGAACAGAGGCGUGUAUCGUUUCUUUGACAAAAGGCUGGGUUGAGUAAUAUGUGUGGGGUAUGGUAUCCUAGUGUCUGGAUACAUUUGCGAUGCAGGAGAAAAACAACGUUAAAGGUGUUUUUAAUCAAUUUAGCCUUGCUCUGUGAACAGGGUGUUUAAUUCAUGUGCGUAAAAUGUCGUAACAGAUUAGCCUGUGCAGUCCGCACAACCAAGGACGACACUUUCAGCCUUAAAUGGAGUUUCGAUAUGAAGAAACUUUCUUUAAAGUAAACAAAAACAUAACAGCGGAAAGUUUCGUCUCUUAUUAGCCUGCGCGGACUGCUUAUGCUAAAUAAAUAUUGGACGGAAAUUUACGCACACGCAUUAAACUCCCUUUCUCAAAGCAGAAUAUCAUUUUUCAGAACAUCUAGAGUUGAAGAAGUACCGUAACAUCAACACUUUGUUGACACAAGCUACGUGGAAAAAACUUAAAUGUCAUCAUAGAGUGUUGAACUAAUUGGAUGGAAUAAUUUUGAAUUAUGCAAGUAGGCAAUAAUUACAUUGGAGACGCCGUCCCAAUAUUUUUUAGUGUUAAGACACUUAACCGAUAGCACAUAUUAACUCUGCCCAUUUUCAUAAUAAGUAUGUACCUGACGGAGUUGAGUUUUAAUCGUUUAAACCUGACACUAUUUUAUUACAAUCCAUUCAAUUGAAUGCCUGCGCCUUCAAAUACCGAAGAUAACAAUAGAAAUCAUCAGACCAUUCAGGUUUAUUUCAAUAGAUUGUGUAUUGGUAUAUUUUGAAUUGAAGCAUUGGGUAUUAUACUUGAAGUAUUGGUUUAAAUGAUUUGUUAAUAAUGUGGAGACGCGUGAAUCACUGCUAUUUAUUCAGGCAUUAAUUUGUUUGUUGUAUUAUUGAAUCAACUCUCAAGUUUAGGAAGCUAUCUGUAGAAGUUUAAACACAGUGUUGGCAGGGAAACUAGUGGAAGGCCUUAUUUGUGUCAGAAGAUCGUCGAAAAACAAGGGGUAUCAGAAACUUCAAUCAAUCAUUAAGCACUGUAUGGAUGGCUGAAAGUGGCACAAGACCUGAUGAACCGGAAAGAUUCCGAAGACAGGGCAGUGUGUCUAGCAAACAAGACCUGAUUCAGUGGGAAAAUGCCUCCGUUGAGACAUGUACUAUACUGAGCUGGCUCGGUUACGGACCGGAGAUCAUACAGUCUCGGAGAGACGCAUAUCGGGAGUAUGGCAAGCUGGUUACUGCAAGGUUUAGUGGAAUGGAAACGAUAAUUAUUACGGGUAGCAAAGCUGAGGGGCUGAGCAGCUACACAGAAAGUGAUAUUGAUAUAAUGCGUGUACUUACUAGAGUGAUCUGUUUAGAAGAUGAUGUAAAUUCAAGUGCCUUUUCUGGGGAGAUAACCGUGUUGAGAUCACUCAGCCGCAGGAGUUACCAUGGUCACUGUAGACUGCAACUGGAGAGACGCGGUACAACAAUUCUCAGGCAAGUAAAUGACGCGUUUUGUGAUGACGGAUAUGGUCGCGAACUUUUGAGCAGUGACUUGUAUGUUAAUAACUGGUCGAAUGACUUGAUUGAGGGCAUGGUGCGGCAUGAGCGUGCGGGACCGUCAAUUCCUAGUACAUGGCUGGGAAACUUGCACCUUAACAAAGUCCUUGCAUUACCUUACUACUGUCCCAGCAUCCUGUCAAAAUGGGCCGCAAGACCUCGCCACUGGCCGCCACUGGAAGCCGUUCAUAGGGUCGUAUCACUUGGGGCAGUUCUUACGCCUGUUGGAUUUAAAGAAAGGAAUUUGAUGGCAACCUCUGGACUGGAUGAGGAACAGCAACGCACAUGGAUAUCAACGAUUACAGAUAUGCUCAAUGAAGGUCCUAGGGUGAUACUCAGACUUCCAAAGAUACGACAAUGCAUCAUAGCUCACCCUGAACCAUUACGAUGGUACAGCGGGAGGAGAAUUGAGCUGGAAAUGCUAACGCUCAUGCGCAUGAACAGAUCGGUAAUCUGCAUGGAUGAGGUUGACUAUACCGAUGCGAUUGCGCAGGCAUUAAUAAGACGAGAAAACGAGGUUAUGACAGAUGUUUGCGCUGAGCAGAUCAACAUCAAAUCAACACCGCCCGUGCAACCAUCACCAACGCCCGUUCAACCCACAAAACCAAAACAGGUCAUGAACCCUCCUCCCACACAACAACAACAAUCACAGCAAGCAAAAACCCACAACCAAACCAUUAACGCAAACAACCCGGUCACCCCCAAACAACAAAAACAACAAACACCACGACCCACACAACUCCAACGUCACUUCUGGCAACCUAAAAACCAUGAGAGCUCGCCUCUACACAUCCAUAGGAAAAAACUUAAUCUGAACCGGUACCGCCCGAAUCCUAUCAUCAUGCGACAUAGCCAUCACAGAAGGCAAGCGCUCGCGCCGCCGUUCCCGAUAUACUUCCGCCACGCGUACGGUUUAUAUUAA